AUGCAACAGCAGCAAAAGAAGCAACAGCAGCACCUGCCCUAUCAGACUACGAAUGGACAGAAUAUUCGAAAUGCCCCAAUGAAUGAUGAGCGGAAAAACAUGCCGCAUGCCGGGGCUAACAAGCAUAUGGUGAGUGACGAAUUUGCUAAGGAUUCUCAUCAGCUAUUACUAGCAUACUUGUAUGAAUAUUUAAGAGCCAAUGGCAUGGAUGAGUCGGCGAAAUCUCUAUUGAUUGAGGGUAAGGUUCCGACUAAUGGGUUAUCAGCGAAUGAAAAAGUCGAUGAUGUUGAUUACAAGAUGUCCUUGGAUCAUUCUGACACAUUUCUAUUAGAAUGGUGGUCGUCUCUCUGGACGAUGCAGGCAACUGCUAACCCGAAUUUGAAUCAAGCAUUAAAUCAAGCUAAUGCUAAUAUGAAGAAAAAUCCAAUGCCGCCUCCUACAUUAAGACAGGGUUCGAAUAUGAACAUGGCUCAAUAUCAACAACAAUUGAAACUACAACAAAUGAGGCUUCAAUUCCAACAGCAGCAAGCACAGCAAGCACAACAGCAAGCACAACAGCAGCAAGCACAGCAAGUACAGCAAGUACAACAGGCUCAACAACAGCAGUUGCAUUCACCGUUAAUGGUAAACGACCAACCACAGAAUCAACCGCAAAUGCAACCGCAGCCUCAAAUACCACAGCAACAUCAGCAAAGACCUUUACAGCAAGCUCAACCAUUGCAGCAUUCUCAGCCAGGUCCAUCGCAACAAAAAGCGGUUAAUAAUGAUGCCAUUAAUGACUAUCAAUUGAACUUGUUAAUGAUGGAAAAUCAAAAUAAUAUUCAAAAGCGACAGUUUAUGCUAAUGAAGCAACAAAGACAGCAACAUCAACUGCCACAGCAACAAUUAAGCCAGCUGCCACAUCAGCUGCAACCAAUACAGGCGAACCAAAUGGAAGCCAAAACAAACGAUUUAAACUCAAAUCCUCUGUUAAUUUCUCAGCGUCCCCCUCAACAGCAGCAACAACAGCACCAGCAGCACCAGCAGCACCAGCAGCACCAGCAGCAAUUACUUUUACAACAACAGCAACAACAACAGCAACAGCAACAGCAACAGCAACAACAGCAACAACAACAACUUUUACAACAGCAGCUAUUAAUGAUGCAACAGAAGAAUAAGGGUACAGAUCCUUAUAAACCCGCAAAUGAUAAUAUAAAGGGCACUCCAAGUGAAAUCAAGCCAAAUACAGCUCAAAACAAUCCUGUAGAUGCCGUGAAAGAUGAUCCUAAUUUGACGGCACAGCAAAGGAAUCAAUUUAAUUUACAGUAUCAAUUGCAGCAAGAACGAUUAAAGUACAUUCAGCAGCAGCAAGCCCUGCUGGGUAAUAUGGAUACAAAUGGCUCAGGCAUUUUAAAUUCCACGUCUUUUAAUAAUGAUUUGUCAAUGGAUGAUGACUGGUUAAGUGGGUUGGGCGCAGGUCCGGGUUUCCUUUAA